AUGUCAACAAAGAAACGAGGCUCGGUAGUCUCCAUAGCAAAAUCAAUCCUUUCUUUGACCAAUAGUACGGCCAGUACUUCCACGACCGAUUCAGUAAAUACAGAUCCUAGCAUUAUCCUUACCCAUUAUGGUGAUGAAUAUAACAAUUUCGUAAUAAAGUCUGACUCACGAUAUUUUUCACUAUCUGAUAAAUCUAGUGAUCCGAUAUCUUCUGCACAAUUCAAAUUCCUUGAAAAUCCAUUCUAUUAUCUUGAUGAAGGUUUAAUGGAUGUAAAUGAUGUUGAACUGAAGGAUGCAAAUAAUAAGAGUUUAUUGUAUACUUGGGAAAACUUGAAUUUUGUAUUUCGAAUCACUUUUUCAUUUAUUAUUGUAUCACUAAUAUUGAUAUCUACCCUGAUUUUCAUAAUCCAAACAAAUAUGGUAAUUGAUGAUCCAGUUCGCAAUGGUCAAAAGAUUGAAAAAUUGACUAGAUAUAAAUAUGGGAAAUUAAAUGCACUAAAACCGUUAAUUGACCCUGAUACCCCCAAGGAGGCAUAUGAACAAGGAGAAUGGAAAUUAGUGUUUUCAGAUGAAUUCAAUACUGAAGGAAGAACAUUUCAUGAAGGUGAUGAUCAAUUCUUUACGGCGAUGGAUUUAUAUUAUCUCGCCACGCAAGAUUUGGAAGUCUAUGAUCCAACUAUGGUUACUACAAGAAACGGAUCACUACAGAUAACAUUCUUGCAAAAGAAUUUUCCGCCAGGUAGUAAUGAUACAGGAUAUGUUUCCGGGAUGAUUCAAUCUUGGAAUAAACUAUGUUUUAACAAACAAGUCAAAGUAGAAGUCUCCGCAAAACUCCCCUAUGAACAAGUCAUACAUGGAUUAUGGCCAGCUGUAUGGAGUUUAGGUAAUUUAGCAAGACCGGGAUAUCUUGCUACAAGUGAUGGGAUUUGGCCAUAUACUUAUAAUGAAUGUGAUUUGGGUAUAACACCCAAUCAAUCUUCACGCAAUCAAGGAAUGUCCUAUUUGCCAGGACAACGAUUGAGUAAAUGUGUAUGUCAAGGAGAAGAUCAUCCGAGUGUCGGGGUGGGGAGAGGUGCUCCUGAAAUUGAUAUUAUUGAAGGAUUAUAUAAGGAUGGAAAAAUGUUGGGAGUUCAGACAUUACAAUUGGCUCCAUUUGAUGAAUGGUGGAGACCAGAUUAUGAUUAUGUGUAUAUUAAGGAUAAGAAUUUGACGUAUGUGAGAGAAGAUAUUGGAACUUUUUAUCAAGAAUCGGUUAGUUUGGCAACUGAUAUAAAGAGAGAUCAAUUUCAAAAGUUUAGUAUGGAAUAUAAAAGUCUUGGGAAUGAUGAUAGUUAUAUUGAAUUUUCAAUUGAUGAUAUCCCUACAUUUACAAUUAAAUCAAAUGCAUUACAUCCAAAUGAAUAUAUUGGAUGGAGACAGAUUUCAAAAGAACCAAUGUCAUUAAUUUUAAAUAUGGGAUUAUCAAGAGAAUGGAAUAAUAAUUUAGAUUUAAAUAAAUUACAAUUACCAGCAAUAUUUGAGAUUGAUUAUAUUAGAAUAUAUCAACCUCAAGAUUCAAUAGAAUUAACAUGUGAUCCACAAGAUUAUCCUACUCAUGAUUAUAUUGAAUCUCAUAGAUUAGCAUAUGAAGAUUCAAGAAUUACAAGUUGGUCCUUGGCAGGGUUUCAUAAACCAAAAAAUUCACUUGAAAAUGAUUGCUUACAUCAUUAG